AUGUCAAAAAAACUUCCUACUAAAGAAGUAGUUGAUCUAUUUUUCACUCAUAUAAAACCUCAAUUACCAGGCCCUGAUAGGCCCAUCCUAAUCAAUAUUCAUGGAUUUUUAGGCUCGAAAAUAACGUUCCAUUCUCUCAAUAGAUCUAUAUCACCUCAUCUAAAUACAGAUAUUUUCACUAUGGAUAUUAGAUGUCACGGUGAUUCCCCACAAGCACAUCCCAUGACAUACCCUGCAUUUACCAAAGAUAUGUUACGAUUUAUUGAUACUCAAGUUCCAAAGAAUCGACCCAUUGAUUUUGUUGGUUAUUCUAUGGGAGGUAGAAUUGCCAUGAUGUUAGCAUUAAAUAAAUCAUUAAAGAAUCGAGUUCGUAAAGUAGUGGCCAUUGAUGUACCACCUUAUACGACUCCGACAUUACCUGUUGAAUUGAAUAAUAAUUGGAAAUUAAUCAAUGAUAUUGUAUCGGGACAACUACGAAUUAAAAGAGGUGGAAUACAAUGGAGAAAUAAAAUAAUUGAUUUAUUAGGAAUAUAUUUUGGUAGUGGAUUUUUACAAAAAGAAUGUAAUUAUAUUUCAAAGAAUAAUAAAUUAAUUGAGUAUUAUUUACCUGUUCAAGAAUUUCCUAAUGUUGUUGAAGAUAUGAAAAAAUGGGAAAUAAUGGAAGAUAUGAAUUCAAAUAAUGAUACUGUAGAAUUAUUAGUUCAAAGAGGAUUGAAAUCUUGUAUGGUUGAAAGUGAUUAUAAUCUUAUUGGUAAAGUAUUUCCAAAUUUUCAAGUAGAAGAAUUUAAUACAUCGCAUAAUUUGAUAUUUGAAGAAUAUGAUAAAUGUGUUGAUAGCAUUAUUAAUUUUUUAAAAAAAUAA